AUGGCUUUCUUCCACUUUCCUGCUUUUCUCUUCUUCCUCUCCUUCCUCCUUUCCUUAUCCACGCCAUCGCCAUCGCCAUCUUACGCCGAAGAAGACAACUCUUCUUCGUCGGGUAUGGCGAACAUCAAAGACAUCUGCGAAGAGUCUCUUACAAACUACUACAACCUCUGCGUCUCCUCUCUGGAAUCCGAUCCCCGGAGCUUCAAGGUAAAAUGGAAGGACCUUCCCAAGAUUUCCGUCGAGUUGGCAUUGGCUAAUGUCUCCCAUACGCAUUCCUACACCCGUAAGUUGCUUGAAAAUACGACGGAUCCAGUGGCAAGGAAGUGCUUCGACUUGUGUUACAAAAAUUAUGGCCAAACAAUCCGCCUGCUUCGAUCGUCGCUUGUGUUUUUCGACAAUGAAGACUAUGAUGCUAUUCUCUCCCGCUUGUGGCCUGCCAUGCAUAAUGUCUCCGGUUGCAUGGAUGAGUUGAAGCGGAAGCUUGGAGGAUUGAAAUUGGCUCUGAAUCGCAGGACCGAAAUAUCGAAGGGUCUUACCUCCAUAUCUUUUGCUCUUGUUAGUUUUCUUAAGGUCUGA